GAUCUCCAAGAGUUUGAAGACGUCAACUGAUCAUUUUGCCCAUAUUAAAGAGUUAGUUUUGCUCAUUAUGGUUCCAGUCUGCAGUGAGAGAUGGUACACAUCAUGAAGUCCCUACUGCUCCAUAUCUUCACUCUUCAUCUCGCUUCAGCAGCCACCCACUCUCUGGACUACUUUUUCACCGGAGUCACACCAGGAACCAGCUUCCCAGAGUUCACUGCUGUUGGUCAGUUGGAUGGACUUCAAGGCGGCUAUUAUGACAGUAACAGCAGGGAAGUGAUCCUAACGGGAGAGUGGAUAAAGAACAAUACAGAUAAAGAGCACUGGAAAGAGGUAACACAGAGGUCACAUCGUUAUCAGGAGGACUUCAAAUUCAGUUUAGCUACAGCAAUGAAGCACUUCAAUCACACUAAAGGGAUUCAUACGUGGCAGUGGAUGUGUGGCUGUGAGCUUCAUGAUGAUGGAACCAAAAGAGCAUACAGCCAAUAUGGUUAUGAUGGAGAAGACUUCCUGAGUCUGGAUUGGACCACUGUCACCUGGACUGCAGCUACCGAUAAAGUUGUAAUAAUAAAAACAGGAUGGGGGACACCCAAAGCUAGAAAUCACAAGAUCUUUCUGGAAAAUACCUGUAUUAAGUGGUUACAGAAGUAUGUGGAUUAUGGCAGAGCCACUCUGGAGAGGAAAGGUAAAGUGUCCGAGCACUUAAACAACACUUAAACUCAACUUAAACCACAUGACUACAUCCUCCACCAUCACACCUCUUAAUUCCCUUUCUAACAAUCAUCUGGUGCUAAUCAUAAUGUUAACCAGGGGUGCAACUACAUACUUUCUGAGGUGGAUGCAAACAUAUU